AGGAUAAAUACUGCCGUAAACUCGGUAAGGUUACAGUGAGGACUGAUUCCCCAUCUGAUUUCAGUCAUGUCAGGCAAAGAUGAGCAUGUGAAAAAAACGGAAGGCAAGGAGGUGCACGGAAUAUUUGGGUUUGGAAAAAAGGAUAAAGACAAAGACAAGAGCAAAGACAAGAGUGAUUCCAAGGAUAAAGACAAACAUAAAGACAAGGAGCACAAGGAUAAAGACAAACAUAAAGACAAGGAGCACAAGAAGAAGAAAGACAAAGGUCACAAGAAGGACGGUCACAGCUCCUCCUCUUCCUCCAGUGAUGAGGACUAAAUGAAGACUGAAGACAGGGGGGAACAGGGCUAGUUGUCACAUUGGGAAGUUGUUACAAGGGUGAUACUGUAGUAACUAACGUUUUGAGUAAAAAGUCCAAUUACACAAAUGUGAGCUUUUCUGUGUAUUCAAAACCCUUUUUUUUUUUUUUUUUUUUACAAAUUUUGUAUCCAUUCAAAAAUGCCAAUUAUAGUCAUAAAAAGACAUCCAUAACACUGCAAUUUUAUUUUUUUUUAUUUUUUUU